CUCUCACGGAGUGCACGGCUUUUGUAGACUCUAGCCUGCAUUCACUGUGACGAUGAAAAGAUGACAUGGCGCUAUGAAGCUUAAACCUGCUUUCUGCUGCCAAUUUUAAUGCGCAUCUAAGUAGUAGGCUAUGAAUUUGCCUUGCAGCUAAAUUAACUUGUGACAGGCUGUGCCUGCUUAGCGAACUUGCAGCAUUAUUUCUCUCGUCUGAGCUCUGUGAGCCGACAGCAUGUAUAAAUUAUGCAGUGUUAUCUUGGUGAGCUGCGCAUUUUUUUCAUGGUGCUCUGCAGCGCCAAAGUCUUUGGGUGCAGACCCCAAGUCUCAACUUGAAAGUAGGUCAGAACCAAACGAGAGGCUGCAAGAACAGAUAGAUGACCAACAGAGCAUCCUGUCCAAGCUGCUGGGUGAUUAUGACAAAGUGAAAGCCAUCUCGGAAGGCUCUGACUGUCGGUGUAAAUGUGUUGUCAGACCCCUGAGCAGGAGCGCCUGUCGGCGGAUAGAAGAAGGGAGCGCUACUGCGCAGGACUUCUACACUGUGGAAACUAUCACUUCUGGACCAGAGUGCAAGUGCGCCUGCAUCACUCCUCCGUCAGCGGUCAACCCAUGUGAGGGAGAGUUCAGGCUAAAAAAACUUAGGGAAGCCGGAGAGGAGAAUGUUAAGCUGUCCACCAUCCUUGAGCUGCUGGAGGGUUCCUUCUAUGGCAUGGACCUACUGAAGCUGCACUCCAUCACCAGUAAGCUCCUGAAUCGUGUGGAGCACAUCGAACAGGUGGUGUCUCGGAAUCACACCGCGGAUGAGGUGAGGACCCAGGAUAGCCCUCCGAUUCAGGUCCGUGCGACUGAAGACCCAGCUACUCCUCUCCCCCAUCGGCAUCAGGAGGAGAAACAACUCGAUGACAUCGCCGGGAUAAACUCAGAGGGAAAGUAUGAAGGGAAGUUUGAUGUGGAAAAUCCCCCCCUUCAGAUGGAUGGUUCUGGCCAAAUCAUUGAGGUCAAACCUCAGGUGACUCCCAGACAUGUGGCUGACAAGGAGGCUCCUCAGGUAUCGAGGGCCGGCCCCAAUGGAAUGAUCAUCAGAGGGAUGACUUUUUACAAAUCGGAGCCAGAUCCGAUGGUGGCAGAUGACGGGGAGCCAGGAGAGAACUUUUUUGAAUAUGAUGGAUUCAGUGGAGACGGAUCACCCAACCUCUUCAUCGAAGAGAAUCUUCUUCUACACAGAGCUCCUCGCCCCAGGGCCAGACCUGGAUCGAGAUCAUUUCAAACAAAGUCCACAGAUCUGAAGGCCACAGAUCAUUCCAUGGAGACCAGUCAGUCAACGAAACCAAAGGAGUCCACCUCAAAAACUCCUAAUGGGUUCCCUAGUACCACUGGAACCACGUCAGAGGAUGUGUAUGGAGAUGCACACAAUGACACGAUCACUACAAGAAGCGUAACUCUCCGACCAACCACUGCAGCACACACAAAAAGCACAACAGGGAUUCCCAUGCCUCACACUACUCAAGGAGUCACUCCUGUAAGCGAAACCACAAUGAGCACAUCCAAACCUUCUGAAAAUACAGACACAAGGGACAUCACACGAGCAUUUGUAUCAAGAAAUACUCCCACUGCUGUGAUGGAAACCUCUAGCCUGGAGCUAAAGGAGCAACUGCCGACCCUACCUGCCAACACUGCAGUUACUCCAAGUUUUUUUGCACUUACUCCAAUAACAGAGGCUUCAAGCCCUACGUCUCCUGUGGCCGUCACGACCCAUGCUGCCCCGGCCUCAGCACCAGGACACUCCACAUCAGCUUCCACAUCAGCCACAUCCACACCAGCGGCUGCGACAACACCACAAGGCGGAACAGAGUCCUCCACAACUGAGAGUCCGCCUCCCGACACCACUGCGCCUGUCACCACAUCUGUCACCAUCCCGUCGUCAACCACCACCACAACCACCACCACCUCCGCCGCCGUCACCACCACCACCACCACCGCCGCUACCGCUACCGCUACCACCGCCGCCACCGCCGCCACCGCCGCCACCGCCACCACCACCACAACCACCACCACCGCCGCUACCACCACCACCACCACCACUGCUCAAAUCAAACAGAAAUACAAAAUCAGCUGGGAAGAGGAAGAGACGGAGGAAGGAUACCCAGGAUCAGACGAGCCAAUGCAAAGGCAGGAGGAAUCAACUUUAAGAAAACCUGGGGAGUGUAAGGACACUUUGGCAACAAUCUCCGAGCCAGUAACUCACAAUACCUAUGGCAGGAAUGAGGGAGCAUGGAUGAAGGACCCAAAGUCUCGUGAUGACAAAAUUUAUGUCACAAACUUCUAUUACGGAAACAACCUGUUGGAGUUCCGCAACCUGGAGGUUUUCAAACAUGGACGUUUCACCAACUCCUACAAGCUUCCUUACCGCUGGAUUGGCACAGGCCACGUGGUCUAUGAUGGGGCCUUCUUCUACAACCGUGCCUUCUCCCGUGACAUCAUCAAGUAUGACCUGCGACAGCGCUACGUGGCCGCCUGGACCAUGCUGCACGACGCCCUGUUUGAGGAGUCGUCCUCCCCGUGGCAGUGGCGCAGCCACUCGCACAUCGACUUUGCCGUGGACGAGAGCGGACUGUGGAUCAUCUACCCGGCGCUGGAUGACGAGGGCUUCUUACAGGAAGUGGUUGUUCUGAGUCGACUGAACCCCUCAGACCUCAGCACGCAGAGGGAGACCACCUGGAGAACGGGGCUCAGGAGAAACUACUUUGGGAACUGCUUCGUUGUAUGCGGUGUCCUGUACGCUGUUGACAGCUAUAACAGAAGGGACGCCAACCUGGAAUAUGCUUUCGACACACACACGAACACUCAGAUGAUUCCCAGGAUGCCCUUCACCAAUAACUUCACCUACACCACACAGAUUGACUACAACCCCAAGGAGCGUGUUUUGUAUGCGUGGGACAAUGGACACCAAGUCACGUACGACAUUAAAUUUGCCUAUGUAGACACAAACUAAGGGCUUGACAGUCCCUUUUAAUUUUAAUCAUUAAUUCUAUGGUUUGAUUGGAUUGUAGAUCAGUCCACUCCACUUUCAGCACGGAGACAAAUGGAGGCUAAAUGUACAAAUAUAUUUCAUCCAAAUAUAAUGGCUCCUACUAUGAUUUUUUUUUAUAACUAAAAUAACUGAAAAGAUGAGCCUGGUUGCAUCAGUCAACACAUGAAGUUGUACUGUAUAUUUUGUAAUGCUGUAAAAAAAAAAAAAAACUCAAUCAGAUGAAUACAUUUAGGAGAAGUAGUCAACAGUUUGGUCAAACACAAAAUUCCUUUUGCCUUUUGCGUAAACCAGUUGCCAAAUUUUGUGGGCAAAACCCAUCUCCCUGUUUUGUACACACAAUUUUGUAUUUUUCUUUGCAUCAUAUGCCUCAGGUCCUUUGUCCUGUGAAAGCACUUACUGCCUUUAUAUCAGACUGUUUUGAGGAGAUUGCAAUAAAGUUCAGAAAUGCAAAAGGAA